UUUUGAGGAAAUAAAAAACAAAAAAUAAACAUAAAAUAUGAAUUCAGCGUCACAAAAUUACCCUAAUGUGAAGUUUUCAUCAAAUUCGGGCCACUUUUGAGGUUUUGUCCGACUUUUGUAUGGAAGGUGAUCACUGUGUGUCAGUUUGUGUCAAUUCCAUGACAAUUCUAUACAUUUCGUUGCGAUGACAAAUGUGUACACUUCGUUGCAAUGGCAAUUGUUUACACUUCAUUCUUCAUAAUUUUGUUUUGGUAGCUGGUGCACGUGAUUUGUUUCGAAAAUAAUGGAGCCUGAACGCAGUUCAAAGAAAACGAAGAAAAAUCGGUGGAGCGCGGCUUGCAUUGAUUUGCUGGUAGAGGUGUGGGCCGACAAAAUUGCGGAUUUGCGAGGAAAUCGUAAAAACAACCACGUCUACCAGGAAAUUAGACAUGAGCUGGACAAAAGGGGUUUUACCGUAGGAACGGACGAAACUAAAGUGAGAAUUCACAACCUCACAUCAAAAUACAAGAAAGAGAAAGCUCUAAUCGGUCCCUCCGGAGGAUCACCGUCGACCUGGCCGUUUUAUGCCAAAAUCCACAGUUUUUUGGGUACAUUCUCAAUAAACAACGUGUCUCAACGAGUUGAAGAAAUUAUUGCCAGAUGCUGAGAUAAUUGCAGAAUAUGUAGAAGAAGCCGUUGAUUCCGAUCUAUCCUACGCAGGACCGUCGCUGGAUUCUGGAAUGCCGUUGAAAGUUGGAAGAAGGAGAAGAAAAAUAUAUCACAGAACGAGCUUUUAAAACGAUGGGAUAAAAUGGAGGAAGCAUCUAGAGAACAGAAUGAAUAUUUGAGAGAGACAGAUCAAAAGUU